ACGUUGCGGAGCGAUAACGCCGUUCGGUCAGCACCAGAUAAUCGGCAACGCAUCUCCUCAUUGGCUGUUACCCCAUCUUUUGACUUGGAAUCUAUCUCCCUAUCUGUAAUAGGGUCCCUAUCAAGCUUCGUCAAGCUUUGGCCACUCUGUUGGACAUGCCUCCUUCGGAUAGUUGUGGCACUUGCAGCAUGGCUGACGAAACUCGUCCCGUAUCUCCGCUUUCAAGGGACAUUGUUCGUCUUAAAUAGUACCAUCCUUUGCCUUCCAUUAACACGCGACCUCUUGACACUCUCAGUGCGAGUUGAGCAGACACCAUGA